CAAAAUAAAAAAUCCAAAAUUUUGAAAAAUUGGUUCGGUUCGGGUCAAAUAUCAAGCACUGGUUUUCAAUUCAGUCAAUUUUUCUGAACAGAACAUGGAAGCAGCACGGCGGCUGGUGUGGCGUUUACGUGCUUUUCCGAUGCCGGUGCUCUCAAACGGUGUCGUAUCACUCUCUUCAUCUUCUAGUUGUAACAACAAAAUUCAACUAUCAAGUACCAAAUUUUCGAAGUUCGGUUCAACAUUAUCAUCACCUUCUUCAGAAACAGCAUUACUAAGGAAAACUGUGAAUAAAUUGCCUUACAUUGUAAAAGCAGGUGAUCCAGUUAUUCAUGAGCCUGCACGUGAGGUUGAUCACAGUGAGAUUAAAUCAGACAAGAUUCAGAAUAUUAUUGAUGAUAUGAUUCUUGUCAUGAGAAAAGCCCCUGGAGUAGGUGUUGCUGCCCCACAAAUUGGUAUCCCCUUAAGGAUAAUAGUUUUGGAGGAUAAAGAAGAAUUUAUUUGUUACAACACAGAGGAGGAGACCAAAGCACAAGACAGAAGACCUUUUGAUCUUUUGGUGAUUCUGAAUCCCAAAUUAAAGAACAAGAGCAACAGGACUGCCUUCUUUUUUGAAGGGUGCUUGAGUGUUGAUCGAUUUCAAGCUUUGGUAGAGCGGUACCUUGAUGUUGAGGUUACAGGUUUUGAUCGAUAUGGUGAGCCAAUCAAAAUCAAUGCUUCUGGUUGGCAGGCUCGGAUUUUACAGCAUGAGUGCGAUCACCUAGAUGGAACACUAUAUGUCGAUAAGAUGGUACCUAGAACUUUCAGAAGUUGGAAAAACGUGGAUCUCCCUCUUGCCCGUGGGUGCCCUAAACUUGGCCCCCGAGCGUAAAAUUGGGGCUGCCUCUGAUUCAAAACUAGUUUCAUAUGCACAACAUUAAUGAAAGUUGACAUUAGUAGACCUUAUAAUGUAGUCCAGAAUCUUAUCCAUCAAGUUAGAAAUAGUCUCAUUCUGGGAAUUAGUAAAUUUACUCAAAGUUUUAGUAUUAUCCUUAUGUAAGUUGUUACUGCAAUCUGCUAUAUUACUUUAUGAUCAAUUCAUUAAAUAUAUGUUUCAAUAA